CUUUUCCUCUCUCUUUCUACGCACUGUCGCGCUCUUCUGUUCCGAUUAUGGCUGUGCGACUCAAGGCGGCGCAUUCUUGAACACGGAUAGUAAGAGAAAACCCUCUCUGAUAAUUGUGAAUUUCACGUUUUAAUGGCUGGGUUUAUCAGCAAUGGAGAUGGAUCGACCCACCAGAGCAGCCAUGGCGAUGGGUUCUCAAUGCCUUCUAGUAUAAACCCUCUUUUUCAGAGAAGAAUCGCGUUUCACCCCGCGAGAAAAGCUUAUUCUGUUUCCUCCAAUGGCGAUUUUCAUUUGGAGAUUCUCAAUCCUAGUGUAGAGCAGCAGAAGCCUGUUUCCAACAUGGCUAUGGUGCCUCCUGUGGCGAAGAAGCUUGAAAACAGUGACCACCAUGAGCUCAGUUUGGACCCGGACCUCAAUCUUGGAAUUGGGUUUCAUCGGAUUGGUGCGGGUUUGGCUAAUCUGGGGAACACUUGCUUUCUUAAUUCGGUUCUUCAAUGCCUGACCUAUACGGAGCCAUUAGCUGCUUAUUUGCAGAGUGGGAAGCACAAAUCUUCUUGUCAUAUGGCUGGGUUCUGUGCAAUGUGUGCCAUUCAAAAUCAUGUUAUGAGUGCUCUACGGUCGUCUGGGAAAAUAUUAUCACCUAAUCAUCUUGUGAGAAAUUUGCGGUGCAUAUCUCGCAAUUUUCGCAAUUCAAGGCAGGAGGAUGCACAUGAAUACAUGGUUAACUUAAUGGAAUGCAUGCAUAAGUGCUGCUUACCAUCUGGUGUUUUGAGCGAGUCUCCUGGUGCUUAUGAGAAAAGCUUGGUUCACAAGAUAUUUGGUGGGCGUCUACAGAGUCAGGUCAAAUGCACACAGUGUUCCCAUGAGUCAAACACAUUUGAUCCAUUCUUGGAUUUGAGCCUUGAAAUAGUGAAAGCAGAUUCAGUGCGGAAAGCCCUUGCACAUUUUACAGCUCGUGAGCAGUUGGAUGGUGGAGAGAAACAAUACCAAUGUGACCGCUGCAAUAAGAAGGUUCGAGCUUUUAAGCAGCUUACCAUUCACAAGGCACCUUAUGUCCUCACAAUUCAUCUGAAGCGGUUCAGUCCAGAUGGGAUGGGAGGGAAAAUUGACAAGAUGGUUCAGUUUGGAUCUAAUUUGGAACUAAAGCCCUUUGUCAGUGGUCAAUAUGAUGUAGAUUUGAGAUACACACUUUAUGGUGUUCUUGUUCAUGCCGGUUGGAGCACACAUUCAGGUCACUAUUAUUGCUUUAUUCGCACAUCAAGUGGCAUAUGGCAUGCUCUCGAUGAUAAUCGGGUCUAUCAAGUCAGCGAGAAGUUUGUGUUGCAACAGAAGGCAUACAUGCUGUUCUAUGUGCUUGAUAGAAAAAGAUCUCUCCAGAGAAAACUAGUGGAUGCUACUCAUAGAGAAAACGGUUUAGCAAGUGCAAUGGAGAAAAAGGGACUUCAUGCUUCUUCAUUAAAUGCCAAUGCAAAAGAAAGCAUGAAGAUUGCUAGCAAGGAAAAUGGGUUGGCAAGUGCGAUGGAGAAAAGCCUACUUCAUAUUUCUUUGCCAAAAGUGAAUUCAGAUGCAAAAGAAAGGUUAAAGUCUGGUAGCAAUGAAAAUGGGUUAGAAAGCGCAAUGGAGAGGAACCCGCUUCAUAUUUCUCCAUCAAAUGCAAAUUCCAAUGCAAGAGAAAGCACAAGGAUUGACAACACGGAGAGUACCCAAUUCACUGCAGGACAUUUGUCAAUUAUGGCUGAACUGAAUGGACCUGACUGCCAUGCUGGCUCCUCUUCUACGGUGGGUGCUAUUGAAGGAAAUAGAUUUAGGGCCUCUGCAGAAAAUGGCAAUGACAACGAUAGCAAUCACCGAGAUGGUUCUCAUAUGAGUGAACCAGCCAAAAGUGUCAAGGAAGCGAAUGGUCGUACUUCAAAAGGGUUUUCCUUGGAAAUAGCAAAUGGUGACGCUAAAGCUCAGGCCUUGACUUCAAAUGAAUCCCAUAUGUCUUCCAAGAACAACACUCCCACUCCCACAAUGAAUGGGUCACUUCGAACUCAGGCAAAAACUGAGCUUGUAAGUGAAAAGGAACAACAUGUUCAUGCUUUGAGAAGCCCUCGCUUGGCAUUAGAAAAUGGUAUUGCUAAAACUGAGACACUGGCUUCUGAUGGAUCCCAUUACUCAUCAUCUAAGAACAACACUCCCGCAAAGAAUGUUUCACUUCGAGCGCAGGCCAGAUCUGAGCAUGCAAGUAUCAAGGAGCAGGACAUGUGUACUUUGAGAAGCCCUCGCCUGGAUUUAGACAAUGGUAUGGCUAAAACUGAGACAUUGACCUCAGAUGGAUCCAAUCAUUCCUUGUCUAAGAACAACACCUCCACAAAGAAUGGGUCCCUUCAGCCUAAGACCAACGAUGAGCAUGUAAGUGUCAAGGAACCAGACAUGGGUACUUUGAAAAGGCCUCAUUUGGAUGUCGCAAAUGGUAUUGCUGAAACUCAGCUAUCAGAAUCAGAUGGAUCUCAUCACAUGCCUUCUAAGAACAGCCCUGCAGCAAAUGGAUCCAUUCAGGCUCAGGGAAAAAAGUGGGGAAAAACGGAGAAUAAGAAAUUCCGAGUAAAACUUACCAAGACGCAAUCCAAGGGGUCAUCCAGCACUUGCUUUGAAACCAAGAGUAACAGUCCCGGCAAGGAAGGGCUCAAGCGAAAGAAAUGCAGUAGCUAUCCUAUCAUAAAGGGCACGUCUAAGAGCUUAUUCCUUGCAUCUUUAAGACCUCAUAAGAAAAAGUCACGUAAAAAAACUAAGAGGCUCAAGAAAGAUAUCAAGAGCUCCACUCAGGAUGACUUUGUGGGUGAUGAUGAAAGGAGGGAGACUUGCAUGAACGCUGCUGAGAGAGAUGAGAGAGGGCCACCAAACAGUGCAAAUGGAUCAUGCCAUAAUGGAAUGAAACAAAAGAGAGGUCUUGGCGUAGUGAAUGAUGCAAAAUCUUCAAAUGAUAAGCAUGUGAAGGUGAAAGACGGGGGAGUAGAGAGAUUGCAUCAGAAGAAUGGUAUGCUGGCCAUGGAGCAAACAGACAAUUCAAAGAAGAGAGGCUUGGUUCAGACUUCUUCUACCACCUUGCUAGCAACGGCACUCUCAGAAACCACUGUUGGCCGGUGGGAUGGUGUAGAAACAGAGUCCCCUGAGAUCGAUAGAGUGAUUGAAACACGGAAGACUGGCAUUGGUUAUAUACUGGAUGAAUGGGACGAGGAAUAUGAUCGUGGUAAGAGGAAAAAGCUUAGGAAUCGGGAACUCGGACUGGGAGAGAAUGGUGCCAAUCCAUUCCAAGAUUUGUAUACAAAGAAAACACAGCCAAAGCCAACCAAAUUGAGAAGGAACCGAUCCGGGAACCAGCCUAUGAGGAUAUGAAACUACGAAAGGCAUGAAUUGACACGAUUUGUCCCUCUUAAGCAACAAAAAGCUUGGUGAAUAGCUCAGUCGCCGGUAAGGGAGGGUCCGAAUUUGUUAUCGGUCGACUAUCCUGUGAUCUGUGUGGUGGGUUUCACUUAAGGUGGUCGGAAGAGUGUAACAGUAAGGUGGUCUUAGAAUAAUGGGUUGUGUAUCAAUUUUGCAGGUCCAUGGAGACAUUUGAUAUAUUAUUUAUUGCAUUUGCUGCAUUUUAUGGCAAUGUUUAUCAGCAUGUAGGCCCUAUUAAAAGUUAAAAACGCUGAUUCAGUGUGUACUGGGGCAGUGCUAAGUUUUUUAUUGGUAUUAUGGUGUAUGGUUUACGAAACACUGAGCUUGCUUUGCUGGUUUGGACCAGAAAUUUUACUUCUAGUUAUGGUUCACUACUUGCUUCAGUCUUUGUUGAA